AUGGCCGGCGGUAACCGCUAUCGCAAGAAUGUUUGGCUCGUGUUCGCCUUUCUGAUCGUGGUACAGAUCGUCUGCUUUCGAGGUAGCCAACGCCUGCGCAUCGACCUGGCACCCCAGUCGAGAGCAACCCCGGCUCACCAUGAUUGGUACAAGCGACAAGAACCAUCCCUCCUCGACCUGCUCAAGCAUACGUCAACUUCGGCCACACCAGCACCCACAAAGACGCCCUCUUCGACCAACCACAAGCAGCAUCACAGCACAUCCAUCAUCAGCACCAUCACACCACAACCAACCACCCCGUCCAAACAUCCCCAUGACAAACCGGGCGAACCCGCUUGCCAGCCGAUUCCCUUCGAAGCCUCCCCGAGACACGUCUGCAGACACGUCAUUCAACACUGCUCCGCCUCGGGUCACUUUGACUACCUGCGCUUCUACUAUUGCGCUGGCGUCUCCAACGACGAGCUUGAACAUGGCAAACCUUCCGUGCCUCCAUCCAAGCAAAGAUGGCAACCAGGUAUCGCAGCAUUGCGCUUCUUGCGUCUACUGCUCAUUCUUAUGUGGAUGCUCUUCCUCUUCAGCUGGGUCGGCGUGGUUGCCAGUGACUUUUUUUGCCCCAACCUCAGCACGAUUGCAUCCCGUCUUGGCCUCAACGAAAGCACCGCCGGUGUUACCUUUCUCGCCUUUGGCAACGGUUCUCCAGAUGUCUUUUCUACCUUUGGCGCCAUGAAGACCGAUUCGGGCUCGCUGGCAAUUGGCGAGCUGCUCGGUGCUGCGUCCUUCAUCGUUUCCGUCAUUUCCGGUUCCAUGAUGCUCAUCGCCCCGUUCAAGGUCAACGCUUGGCCCUUUUGUCGAGACGUUGGCUUCUUCACCGUAGCCGUCGCUCUUACGCUCACUUUCCUCUUUGAUGGAAAGCUGAGACGCAUUGAAACCAUCGCUCUCAUCUGCCUCUACCUUCUAUACGCAACCACCGUCAUCAUUGGCUCGUGGUGGCAGGAGCGUCGACGUAAGCAGAAACGCAGACUAGAAGUGGCACGCGAAGAGUACGACCGACACGCCGAUGAUCGUUCCAUCCUCAGCCGUGGCAGUAUCCAAUUUGGACGAGACGGAGCUCAGAACGAGGAGCACAGUCGACUACGCGCGCCCUCCAGCCUCUCCGCAUCUCAACGUCUCGCCAGUCCCUCUGAAUAUGAUCCCGAUUUCGAUCCCUUCGAAGACUGGGCUAAUCAGAGAGGCGAUCAAAGCCGCGCUUCCACCCCCGACAACUCCUGCAACGGGAGCCGUGCUCCUUCCAUCCACACACCAGGUUCGGCAAAGUCCCUCGCGAAUCGCAAGGCCACACUCAAUGUUCGUCCCAACCUGGUGCCGCGCCAUUCGCUUCUUUCUGCCAUCGAGUUCCGCGACGUCGUGCAAAGCCUCCGCCGUGACGCCAUCGCAGAUCGCUCACAGGAGAUAUUUCAAAGCUGGGACCCCGAGAGAUUCCUACCGCAUCACCAUCAUGGCACUACCCAGAUCAACGUCGCAAGAAGCGUCUCUGGAGACGCUCGUACUCCCAGCAGCCCCGUCCAGUAUCGCCGCACGCGCCACAGCCGCGUUCUGAGCCUAGGACCUUCUGCUGCCACUGGUAUCGGUCUUCCAAGGAGCACAUCAACCAGCUCGGGAACUCGACGCAAGUCGAUUGGCGCGCACGAAACAGCUGGCGUCAACGCAGGUAGCGUCGACGAUCCUUGGCGAGAGCACAUCGCCGGUGAUGCAUGCGAACCCCUUAUCUCGCCCGCGCUACCUAUCGGCAAUUCAGUUGAGAGAGACACUCCAAACGAGACGGCGCUGCGCAAGUCACUGCCGAGGCUCGAGAUUCCGCAGUGGGAUACCAAGGCGAGCCGUGGUCAGGAAACACGCCGUUCACUGCAAGAACGUAAGGCUGUAGCGCAGAACGAAGCAUCUAGCAGCACGCCUGUCAGCAAGGACCGCUUCGACAAGUUCGCGAGCCAGAGACGUAUUAGACCAGCGCGCACGCCCAGCGAGCUUCUUGCUUGGAAGAUGCGAGUGAUCUUCAAUUCGCUCUUUCCCUCGUUACGUCAUUUGCACGCAAAGUCACUGCUUGGUGCUGCUGUCAGUAUUGCUACAUCCCCGGCGAUCCUGCUGCUCAAUCUCACCCUCCCCGUGGUGGAUGACGAAGCCGAACAAGCUGAGCGUGAAGCCGACAUAGCCGAAGCCGACUGGAUCGGCGCCGUGCGACUCGAAGGAGACGAGACACAGCUACGAGCCGAGGUCGACGAUUCCUUGGAUCCAGAGCCUGUUGCGGACUUGCGAGCGUCGUCCUCAACAGACAUGCACGGCUGGAGCGCGCAAGAGCGAGUGGAAGCCAUGGAGGAUGCUGAGCGCGAUGCCAAUGCGCUUCGAGACCAGGAGAUUGCUUCAGCACUGCGGCGUCUACCCUCGAUGGCCGGAUCUCCGCUUUCGUUGGGGAACAGCCCAUCAGCUCGUGCGGGGCAUGUGCGUCUACCUUCGGCCGGCUCGGCUCUGCUAGCGUCAGAUCAACAAACAUCGCUGGAUGCGGCCAGCUUCAUGAGCCAUGAGAGCUGCGAAGCGGAAGAGCAAGAGAUGAGGCGCUCAAUUCGACGCUUUCUCAUCCUCUGCCAGAGCGUAUGUGCUCCCACCUUUGUAACGUGGGCCAUCGUCUCUUCUUCAGGCGCUCCCUACCUUGGGCUUAAAGUGGCUGCUGCUGCUUUGGUGGGUGCGACCACCGCCCUGGCGUCUUUCUGGGCAAUGCGACGAAAAGAUGCGGGCCGAGCAAGGUAUUCGGAUCGUACGCUCUCGACCCUGGCCAUGGUACGAUGCUCAAUGGGGUUCACUGUGUCGGUCAUGUGGAUCAUGACCAUCGUCGACGAAGUGGUCUCGAUCCUGCAGACAGUAGGCAUCAUCGUAGGUCUCUCUGAUGCGAUCCUCGGCUUGACGGUAUUUGCGGUGGGCAACUCGCUCGGCGACUUGGUGGCCAACAUCACGAUCGCAAAGCUGGGCCACCCUGUGAUGGCCAUCAGCGCAUGCUUUGCUGGUCCCAUGCUCAACUUGCUGCUCGGCAUUGGCAUUUCUGGCACCUGGCUGCUGUCCGAUGGCAACGCCCACUGGGACCACACCGGAGCGGCUGAUAUCUAUCCGAUCGAUUUUAACCCGACGCUGCUUGUCUCAGGCCUGGGACUGCUGCUGAUUUUGAUUGGUACACUGAUUGCGGUACCCAUGAACAACUUUGAGCUCACACGUCCGAUUGGCAUCUCUCUUAUCGCGGCCUACAUGCUCAUCAUGACGGUCAACCUUCUCACCGAGAUUUUCUGGGUUCGAAGUCACACUGUAUUCUAG